AAAGAUAAAACAAAAUUUGUUGUUGUUUGCUUUUGGCCAAAACGAAAAUUGUGGCUAAAGCAGAAAUAACACAGGCGGUCGGUCGGUUGCUCGUUCGUUUGCUGCGGUGCAUCCAGUUUUUGUCGUCUUCAUGCUUAUGCACGAGAAAAAUCAGCAAAAUCCGGAGGAAAAGAUAUCAGCAGUUCAGUGAAAAUAUUACGGAGCUCGCAUAAAUAAAAGAGUUUAUUUUAGUUAAAAUUUGUAAUAAAACAAUUUGCGCAGUGUUUCUUAGAAGACGAGGAACAACACUAAAAGAGAAAAUGAUGUGAUGGCUAAGAUGGCUUCUGGAGAUCUCUCUUUAACCAGUACAAGCAGCCAGGAAGAAGAAACAACAGAUUAUGUAGGCUAUGAUCGUACACUGCGGCCUUCGUCAAAUUCUAGUGGUAGCCCGACGGCCACUAACAUGGCGAAUAAUAGCGCCAAUAAUGGUAACAAUAAUGGCAAUUCGAACAAUAAGAAAUACGACAAAAUAAAAACUCAGUAUGAAUCAGCAAUAAUUGAGUUGAAAGCCUUGCGUUUGCAGCACUCGGGUACAGUUCGUCGAUGUGACAAUUUGGCCUCUGAAUUAGCUUUUUAUCAGGAGCAAUACGUAGCAGCUAUGAACCAAUUAAAAAGUACCGAACGUAAUAAGAUUACGGAUAUUUCCGCUGAAAAUACACGUUUAAAACAAAAAAUUAAUAUGUUGGAGCGGAAUUUGAGGCGUAUGGAGAGUGAAAAUGGGAAUUCACAAUCAAACACAAAUGCCUACUACUCUGAUUAUAAUGAGUUACCUAAUCGAGAUAAAUGCGAUGGUACCUGCACUGAAAGCGAGAAGCUAAUAGAGGACUUACAUAUAUGUAAGGAUCGUAAUACCGAGCUAAUGAAGGAGCGCAGCUUAAUUGCGGCAGAACGUGAAAACUAUAAGAAGAGUUUUGGCUCAGCUGUAAGUGAGCUAGAAAGUGUGAAAAAAGAAUUGAUUAUAUAUAGAGAUUCUAUAGAACAGUAUAAUUUGCAACGUGAUAUUAUGGAAAAAGAAAUAAAAAAAUUAAAUUCUCUAUUGAACACAGAAACAAAUAAAGUAAUGUUGAUUACUUUGCAACGUAGUCGCAUUGAGGAGGAACUUAAUCAAUUACUUUCUGAAAAAGAUAAUGUGUUGCAAGAGCACCAAAAAAUGUCCGAUGAUUUGGCGGCAGCAAAUAAAGAACUCGAUAAAUAUAAGAAGGAUAUUAUAAUGUAUGAAAAUGAAAUAAAAGUUUUGGAACAAGCAAAUUCUGAACUUAAGAAACGUGAUUUAUUAAAGUCACGCGAGAGUUCUUGGUCAAAAGAAUUUUCUGACAGCAAAGAUGAUUUUAAAGAAAUCGAAAAAUUGCGCAAGAACCUAGAGAAAUCACAGUUAGAAGUAGAGAGAGCCGUACAAGAUGCUGAAGAAGCAAAACGUGUACGUGACUGGGCCAUAUCACAGAGGGAAAAAAUUGUACAGGAACGAGAUUCAGUGAAAACACUUUGUGAUAACUUGCGUAAAGAACGCGACAAAGCAAUUUCGGAUUUGUUAUCUGCUAUACGUGAUAGUGAGAAGAUUAAAAAACUAAAAGAUGAAGCGCAAAAAAAAAUUGAUGCGCUGAAAGAGCAAAUAGAAAAUCAAAACUUAGAUUCUUCUUCAAGGCGCAGUUUUCGUAUGAGCACUUAUGAAGCCGAGGAUAUGCUAGACAUCGAAUUAGGCAACUACCAUUCAGAAUGCGAUAUUGGCAUCAUAUUAGAUGACACAAAUAACCGUCAGUUGGUAUGCGGUGUAACAAAUAUAUCACCAGCCUUUGGUAAAUUGAAAAUUAAUGAUGUAUUAAUAAAGGUUAAUAAUAUCGACUGUCAGACCAUGACGAAACGUAUGGUAUUGGAUGAGAUACGUGCAAGUGCGCCACGCUGUAAUUUGUUAGUGUCCCGUACGCGUCACAGUAAGCGUCAUUUUUAUAAUGUACAUUUGAAUUUACAAGAUAAUCAUAAUCACGGUUUAAGUUUGGAUACCGGUGUGUUCAUUUCAAAGAUUGAGCAAAAUUCUUUAGCGUCUUUUGAACCUGAAUUGGAUGUAGGUGACCGUGUAUUAAGUAUAAAUAACAAAUCUAUGGAAGGAAUGCAAACAAUAGAUGACGUGAUGAAUUUAUUGAAUGAUGAACGAAAUGAGUCCAUAACAAUUUUUGCUUUGAAAAAUGUACAGGAUGCUGGAUACACUGAUGUGCAACGUCGGAUGACUACUUCUUCAGCACAAACAGAUUCGAUUGAUUCGAUGCAUCGUGUUACUAGCGCUAAGCAUCCAUCGAAAAUAGCUGAAAUGUUAAGCAAAUUUAAAGAAGUCAUGCAUAUGUCAAAACCAGGCUCGGAUGUUGAUCAUAUUGCACAAGAAAACGAUGCUUUAGCUGCUCUGGACUCGGUUUUAAGUGAGAACUCAUCAGAAAAAAGUAAAGAAAAUUUAAAACGUGGUAAAAGAAGUAAGAAAGAAAAGGAAGCAGCUGCUAAAAGCAUGGGCACUUGGCCACGUACAAACAUACUUAAUGCUACGCAUGAGAAUCCAACUGGGACCAUUGUGCAGCGUCCAGAAAAGAAACGAGCACCAUUAUCUCUUUUUACAGCUGGUCCAAUUAAUGUUGAUAAAGAUGAUGAGCCUGAUAUAGUUGAUGAUCCACCACCAUUGCCGCCUCAAGCAAAGCCACAAGCAAACAUACGUAGCGGCAACGGAAGUGCUAUUAAGAAUAAUCCAAAUCGUAAUUCAAAUCCAAUUCCCGCCUCAAUACUCUAUCAGAAUGUAAACAGCAGCAACGGCAAUAACAAUAAUAUUUAUUCAAAUCAUAUGCGUCAUUCGGUUUAUGGUGCCCCUACCCCACCAAUGGAACAUGAACCUUUAGUUAUGGAACAAACUAAGGUAAUGCAGCGUGGUCCGCCUCCAAUAAAAAAUGCACCCAUGCGUGUUAAGAUACCACCAUCCGAUAAGUAUGGAAGUAGCCAGCGUACACAAAAUUAUCAAAAUCGCUACUCACUCAAUAUAACGCCAACAGAAUUCUAUAAAACAAGUGGACAGCAGGCGCAACAACAAGUAAUAAAUAAUAAUGGUGAAUAUGUGUCAAGGAAGCAGCACCUGUUCGAUAUGUUCAACAAUAAUCCGUCCACUGGUAUUAGCAACACCAGUAAAUCCACGCCUCAUCCUACGCUUUUUGUGCCACUUCUUCCUAUACUCUCCAAUACAAGUUUUGUGCGUAACACUUCAGCAGUACAACAAAACUCAUUGGAUAUGAUUUCUCUUAAAUCGCAAAAUUCCAUCGAUUCAAUACUAUCAACAAAAAGUCCUCCCAUUAGCGAAUAUGCAGUAUCAAAUUAUCCACGUCGUGCACCAAUGGCUCAACCAGCAGUACCUGUCGCCAAAAACGUACCCAAAUAUCCAAGCGAUAGUGAAAGCAUAGCAUCGGGUAUGAUAAGUGCAGGGGGGGUCUGUACAGGUGUAGGCAGUGCAACUGGUAGUGGUUUUCACACUAAUAACACAACUUCCAAUCGUUAUACUCAACUGUUCCCAACAUUUACACAAUCGACUCAUCCGCAUUCACAUCCUUUACGCCAAAUCCGUCAUUCUAGUCCAUUGACUUUGCCCUCGCCUCCACCACUACAACCACAUCAGCAUGCGAAUAUGUCGCAUUCACAUAUGGAAACCGCAAGCAACAAUGCAAUUGGAAUACCAACUAGUUCUGUGGAUAAAUUCGAUAUGGAUUUUGUAUCACCUGCUCAUAAUCAUCAUCCGCACUCAUAUUUACAUGAAUAUCCACCACCGUCAUCAGCCGCACAAUCGCUUCAUACGCAUUAUCAUCCUCAUGCAAGCGGUAGUGUUAUUUACGAGGGUGGCACUUUUCCACGUAAAAAGGAUAACCAACGCUUACGCAUACCAUCAAACCCAAGUGUUGCCAGCAAAAAUAGUGGUGUAAAAAACAGUUCAGGUUCGAUUGAUCAUCAUUACGGAGUAACAAAUAAUCAGUCCACUCUACCUGCUGCACCUGUGGUACAUCAUUCAGCUGUAGCCAAUGUAACGGCUAAUGGCGGGGGUAGUGGACGUGGUUCUCCCAUGCCCCAAGUACAUGUUGAAGUAUUAAGUCAUGGCGGCAGCAAACGAAAUUCCAAUGUGCCGGCGGAUUUUUUAUGCCCUGGAGACCUUAGAAGAGUCACGAUUGAGAAAAGCGAUAAGUCGCUUGGCAUUACAAUAACUUGUAAUAACAAUGGUGGCGGUAUUUUUGUAUCGACUGUAGCCGAAAAAAGUAUCGCGACCCGUGCUGGUCUUCAGGUGGGCGAUCAACUCUUAGAAGUAUGCGGUUUAAAUAUGCGUUCGGCUACAAACGAUAUAGCAGCUAAUGUGCUGCGGCAGUGUGGUAACUCCUUUACAAUGCUCGUGCAAUACAAUCCCGAAAAAUUUCAUUCGACUGAAUAUGAAGGCACAAAUCAUAUGGAAUCUGAAGCUCCCAUCAAUCAUUCUGGCUCACCAACGCCACGAAACUCACCGCGGCCACCAGUACGUACUAUGAUGGGUUCAUUGCCACCAUUGCCAAUAUCAUCAACAACACCAACCCAAAUAUCAUCAGUUAAUAUUCUGCCACCAUCGAACAGUAUGAUGACAACACCAUCCAUUAAAGACCAAAGCUUUGCAGAUAGUUUGGAAAAUCAAUCAGAUUUGUGCAGUAGCCAGGAUCUUCCUUCCUCAGCGGCCACAACUACAACAGCUUCCACUACUUCUACUGUAUACGAAGAAGAGCCACGUUAUGUUACAUUGCACAUGGAUAAAUCGAAAAACUUGGGCAUAAAACUUUUUGGCGGGAAUAAAGUGGGCAUUUUUGUGCAUGACGUGCAUCCAGGCUCACCAUCGGAUCACGCAGGUAUUCGUAAGGGCGAUCAAAUACUUGAAUACAAUGGCGUGGAUUUACGUUGUGUAACUGCUGAACAAGCAGCAAAUGAAAUCUCUAAGUUGACAGAUACAGUGACAAUACUAGUGCAAAAUAAACUAAAAAAACUUAAACAAAUCAAAGACAAAUCAGGUGAUUCGUUUUAUAUACGCGUGGGGUUUGAUCGCACUGGAGAUCUCAACGAUGGCGAUCUACGUUUUAUUAAAGAUGAAGUGCUUUAUGUCGAUAAUACUGUUUUUAAUGGGACAUUUGGUUUAUGGCGUGCAUGGAAACUUGAUGCAAAAGGUCAUCGUAAGGAGUGUGGUAUUAUACCAAGUCAAAUGAAAGUUGAAGAAGAGCUACGUUCGGGUGAAGCUGCGGAAAACGAAACUGGCACAGCUCGACGUGGUAGCACAUCAGCGCGUCGUUCGUUUUUUCGACGCAAAAAGCAUCAACGCAGCUCCUCUAGAGAUUCAACGGAAAUAGCGAGCUUUAGUAAUACACAGUUAAGCUUCUUUCCUGAUUCUGGAAUUCUUAAUGACGAUGGUGGUGUUUUGAGCUAUCAGCGUGUUGAAAGAUUAGAUUCACCCGUACGUCGCCCAGUGCUUAUAAUAGGACCGCUUUCAGAAUGCGUAAUGGAUCGUUUAACAAUUGACUUUUCCAAUCUUUUUAAACUAUGUGAAGUUACAACAAUGGAUUGUUCUCAAGAAGCAAUGGAAGAGGGUUUGCAGGAAAACAUAUUUGUUGAUUACCGUCGUCGUAGUAAUAAAUUUGAAUGCACAACUGUUGAAUCUAUUAACAAUGCAUUUAAAAAUGAUCGUCGUCAUUGUAUACUUGACAUAUCAAUAUCAGCUGUUGAACGUCUGCAACGCUUACAAAUAUAUCCGAUUGUCUUACUAUUACGCUUUAAAUCGGCAAAACAAUUACGAGAAAUACGAGACUUUGGCACAGAUAAAAUAUCUGCUAAAGCGGCUAAAGAAAUGUAUGAGCGGGCACUCAAAUUGGAAACGGACUACAAACAGUAUAUAUCUGCUGUUAUACCCGGCGUUAGUAUCAAACAUAUGUGCACUCAAAUCAAAGAUUCAGUUGACAAGGAACAAGAUAAAUUACUCUGGGUGCCUGUAACCGGAAUGAAUAGUUAAAAUUUUUAUAAAAUUCAAUGAACAAGUGAAUUCAGCAAUAAAUUUUAACGCACAUUAAUUAAGAAAAGUUUUACCACAAACUUGUGUAGCAGACGAGCGAGCAGAACGAAUGUAAAAGAAUUAUUGUAAAAACUUCAACAACGAGCAACGUUUUUAGAAACUCAAAAGCUUUUUAAUCUAUUUAUAAGUAGUUAGUUAUUUUUUACCAUUUAUGGUUAUU